CAGUGUUAUUACGAUACCUACUCCCAUUACUGUUUUGGGGCUAAACUAUCUCCAUCGACACUUGGAAUCAUUCCUUUUCUGUGACAUACGUUCUCGAUCAACCCUUAAUUAUUAUCGCGUCGCCCGUGUUUGUUUUGACUGCCAAGGUUCACAUACGCUGCAUUCGCAUCGCAAGCACGAAGGUAUACAAGUAUUUCUCCAUUUUACAUCAUGGCCAUGUCUGCCGGGUACAAACCCUCCCCUCUCGGCCCUCUGGGAUACAAUUCGCCACGCAGCUCCCCUUUCCGCCGUCCCGAAUCCCCAGCAUCGCCGUCGGCAUUGCGACAGUCGACCCCUCCAGCUACGCCGUCCAAAGUGGGAAGCCUGACAACUCCCUCACUUCUGGCGAAUUCGAUCCCGUCAGCUUCCCCCGGCGAUAGCACACCCAGAAGACCAAGAGGAUAUGCCCAAUCGGACGAUAUGCUUUCGCAACAAAAAGUCAGUCUAGGCUCGCCCGUCCAAAUAUCGUCUCGUAGCACGACACAGUCCGUGAACCAUGGUAAUGCGCUGUCACAGCUGCAGCCGCCGCAAGUCAGGGUCCUCAGAGACGGGUUCCAGAUCCUAGAUAGGGACAGUGAUGGAGUCGUAAAUAAAGAGGACGUCGUCGACAUGUUGAACCAGCUGGGCCUUCCGUCCAAUCAAUCCGAGACCGCACGAUUCUUUCCCGCCGCUGGUCCACAAACCAUGACUCUGGCCGUAUUCCUAAACAGCAUCGCCACUACGCUCGCAGCCAUGUCACCCAGCGCCGAGUUGCUGUCCGCUUUCUCCGCCUUCGACGACGACGAUAGCGGCCAGGUCGACCUUGCCGAACUCCGUGAUGCCCUGCUCCACACCACACCCGAACCGGGUGAGAACGCCUUGACGCCAGCCGAGGUGGACAAAAUCAUGGCUGGGUUCAGUAGCCGCAGGGCGUUCAGCAAGAGCAUGCCGGGCGGAUUGGGCAAGCGGGGCGAGGUGUUCAAGUAUCAUGAGUUUGUCAAUUCCAUUGUGGGUGGCAAUGGGAACACCGAACCCCCAUCGAAUGAGGGCUCGGAGAAUUAGACUGAAGGUUCAGUACAUGAUUGUUUUUACAGGCGUUGGACUGGUUGAACGAAGGUUCGUGGUACAUGGCAACUUGGAAACUGGUGGAAACCGCUCGGGGGCGGUUGCUUUUGGCUUGGAAGCCUUGCUUGAGCAUUAUGAAUGUGAUGUCACCGCCCGACAGACCUCGUU